GUAAGAGGGGAAGAAACAAAAUUCGUCUUUGAUUACGCCGCUCAUCUGUCGAAUAUUUCAAACGUGUUUGCUAACAAGACAAGAACCUCGAUCAACCCACCUUGGUGAAUCAUGGUCAUCAAUUGUCUCUUCCAAACAACCAAUUUGGAUUCCAUCCAAAACUGAAAAAAUGGCUACAGCAGCAUUCAAAUCGAACUCUAGAAGAAGCAACGCCUAUAGAGGAGUAGAUUCCCCCAAAACCGAACCUCCUAACCCUAAUCCUCUACCUCAAAAACAAAGAUUACGAAGGUCUUUAAGCGUCAACGCUGUCUCCCGAUCCACACAAAUCGACAUAUCUGAAUUCUUGAACAAAAGAGACAAUCCUCUUUACUGGGCAACCGGCGGUUCCCCUGCUGACAACCCUCAAACCCCGACACCGAUUGAUGUUGCAGGUGGUGGUGCCAUAGAAAUAGAAUCGUCUGGAGUUUCAAAGAGUUCGAAUGCGGUGGGGGGUGAGAGAGGUCGGUCAGUUAAAAGGAAUUCAGAUUUGAGAAAUGGUGGUCAAAAGGAGGAGAUUGGUGGUCGCCGGAGGAGUUUAUCUAGGGUGAACGAUAAUGGCAGCGGCAAUGGCAGGCGGGGCCGGUCAGUUUCCAGGGCCAAACUACCUUUUGGUGCUUCUGAGAGUGAAGUUGAACAAGAAUCAAGAAUACCAAUCACAUAUGGAGGCAGAAGUAGUUCUAUUCGGACAUCUAGUAGUAAUGGAAAGCUUCCUGUUAAUGGUGUCAAAGCAUUUGAGAAGAGGAGUUCCCAUCCAUCCCGCCACCCUUCAUUUGAUUCACAAGUCCCAAACUGGGAAGAUGGAAUCUCUACCAGCUCUUUAUCUGAAGCCGAAGAGAAAACAAUUAAAGCUGUCUAUGAACAGAUGAAGUCAUUUGAAGGGGAUAACUCAAGAGAAGACACUACAUCAACAUCAAGUGAAAUAUAUGAAACUGUGAGAUCUGAAGUGAGAAGGGCUAUUGCUGAUAUACAAGAUGACCUUCAACAUGCCAUCAGGAGGAACAAUACGGGUGCACUUGUGAGUACAGAUGUUAUGGAUAUAUCUCCCAAGUUGGUCAAAACGGGGGCUGUUGACUUAGUGUUGGACAUAAGAAGGGAAUAUGCCAAAGAACUUGAAGAGUCACAAGAACGUGCUAGAAAACUUCGAUCAGAUUUAGCCAUUGAGGAACAUCGCAAGCAAGAAUUAAGCAGAAUUCUCAAGGAGACACUUCCGGAACCCAAGACAUCUGUUUCUCAUAGAUCACGUGUAGGAAGAAAAAGUAGCAAUGAAAGAAAAAAGAUGUCAAAACGUUUGACGGAUGAAGCAAUGUCAUAUUUUGACGAGUGUGUUUCAAUAUCAACAUUUGAUAGUUCAGAUUUCUCAGCAGCAGAAGAUCCAUCUGUCAACUCAACAAUGGGUCCCACAACAUCCCUUCCCCAUAACACCAUUGAACCAAAGAUGAUUCAGAGGGACCCAGGAUCCGGUUCAAUGGCGGAUAGUGAAGUACUUGAAACCACGGAUACUCGAGAAUGGGAUGGGAAAUUUCGCUUCUCGUUUGGUCAAAAGUCAACUGAGAGCAUUGACAUGAAACAUGAUAUAAAAAAUUACAUCAAAACUUUUGAAAAAGAUACGGAUCUAAAUUCAAAAAGUUGUAGAACUAAUUGCAAUGUAGACGCGUAUGAAUAUGGUCAACUUGAGGUCAACGAGAGGUUGUUGUUUGACAAGGUUUUGUUUAAAACCCGACAAGCGUCCGGGAGUUUGCAUAUUUGUGGUGGAGUCGGUGUUCCGUUUUUACCAUUUUCUCAUCUUUUUUGAAGAUUGUAGAUAUUUAAUUGUAGGGGUUUUGGCUUUUCCUCGUGUUUAUAUCGAUAGAUUUUAUUCGUUAGGGCAUUGUGGACAGUUGUAUACAAUAUGAGAAAAUUUUAACAUGGUACACAGUUUUUCUUCUUU